GUGAGCGGCUCGGAGUCCCAGGAGAGCGAGCGAGCGAGAGAGAGAGAGAGCACCGGGUCGCCACGGACGAUGGUGACCGCACGGCUCGGGUCGCUGCCGCCGCCGCUGCCUCCGCCUCCCGAGACGCAGCAGCCGAGGCCGGGCGCAGAAGCACCGCCGCUGUGAGCCGCCCGGGCCCCGCCGCCGCCGCCGCCGCCGCCGGAUAGACAACCAGGAGGGCCGGCGAGACCUCCCGCGGGACCCGCACACCCGGAGGCCCGAGGUCUUCUCCAAGAAGAAAAUAAACCAAACCAAACCAGUAAAACCAUGGCUGCAAAGGAGAAACUGGAGGCGAUGUUGAACGUGGCCUUGCGGGUGCCCAGCAUCAUGCUGCUGGACGUCCUGUACAGAUGGGAUGUCAGCUCCUUUUUCCAGCAGAUCCAAAGAAGUAGCCUCAAUAACAACCCUCUUUUCCAGUACAAGUAUUUGGCUCUUAAUAUGCAUUAUGUAGGUUAUAUCUUGAGUGUUGUAUUACUCACUUUGCCCAGGCAGCAUCUGGUACAACUUUACUUAUAUUUUCUGACUGCCCUGCUCCUCUAUGCGGGACAUCAAAUAUCCAGGGACUACGUUAGGAGUGAGCUGGAGUCCGCCUAUGAAGGACCAAUGUACUUAGAACCUCUCUCCAUGAAUCGGUUUACCACAGCCUUGAUAGGGCAGCUGGUGGUGUGCACCCUGUGCUCCUGUGUCAUGAAAACGAAGCAGAUCUGGCUCUUUUCGGCUCACAUGCUUCCUCUGCUCGCACGACUCUGCCUUGUUCCCCUCGAGACCAUUGUGAUCAUCAACAAAUUUGCUAUGAUUUUUACUGGAUUGGAAGUUCUCUAUUUUCUUGGGUCUAAUCUUCUAGUACCAUAUAACCUUGCUAAGUCUGCAUACAGGGAAUUGGUCCAGGUAGUGGAGGUCUAUGGCCUUCUGGCCUUGGGGAUGUCCUUGUGGAACCAGCUGGUCGUCCCUGUUCUCUUCAUGGUGUUCUGGCUCGUCCUCUUCGCCCUUCAGAUUUACUCUUACUUCAGCACCCGGGACCAGCCCGCAUCACGCGAGAGGCUGCUUUUCCUUUUCCUGACCAGCAUUGCCGAAUGUUGCAGCACUCCGUACUCUCUCCUGGGCUUGGUUUUCACCGUGUCGUUCGUGGCUCUGGGCGUUCUGACGCUCUGCAAGUUUUACCUACAGGGUUACCGCGCUUUCAUGAAUGACCCCGCAAUGAACAGGGGGAUGACAGAGGGAGUGACGCUAUUGAUCCUGGCGGUGCAGACGGGGCUGAUUGAGCUGCAGGUCGUCCACCGGGCCUUCCUGCUCAGCAUCAUCCUCUUCAUCGUCGUUGCGUCCAUCCUGCAGUCCAUGCUGGAGAUCGCCGACCCCAUUGUGUUGGCGCUGGGAGCAUCUAGAGACAAGAGCCCGUGGAAGCACUUCCGGGCCGUGAGCCUGUGCUUGUUUCUGCUGGUGUUCCCCGCCUACAUGGCCUACAUGAUCUGCCAGUUCUUCCACAUGGACUUCUGGCUCCUCAUCAUCAUCUCCAGCAGUGUCCUCACCUCGCUCCAGGUUCUAGGGACACUUUUUAUUUAUGUCUUAUUCAUGGUUGAGGAAUUCAGAAAAGAGCCGGUGGAGAACAUGGAUGACGUCAUCUACUACGUGAACGGCACUUACCGCCUGCUGGAGUUCCUCGUGGCGCUCUGUGUGGUGGCCUACGGCGUCUCGGAGACCGUCUUCGGGGAGUGGACGGUGAUGGGCUCCAUGAUCAUCUUUGUCCACUCCUACUACAAUGUGUGGCUGCGGGCCCAGCUGGGCUGGAAGAGCUUUCUCCUCCGCAGGGACGCUGUGAAUAAGAUCAAGUCGCUACCCAUCGCCACAAAAGAGCAGCUCGAGAAACACAAUGACAUCUGUGCCAUCUGUUAUCAGGACAUGAAGUCGGCUGUGAUCACACCCUGCAGUCAUUUCUUCCAUGCAGGCUGUCUUAAGAAAUGGCUGUAUGUCCAGGAGACCUGCCCCCUGUGCCACUGCCACCUCAAGAACUCCCCCCAGCCUCCUGGAUCGGGGACAGAGCCUGCCCCACAGCCCCAGCCUCCUGGAUCGGGGACAGAGCCAGCUCUAGAGCCCCAGUCUCCUGGAUCAGGGACAGAGCGCGCUCCACAGCCCCAAGCUGGCGCUGAGCAAAACAUCCUCCUUCAGGAAGGUCCUGAACCCCCAGACCCUGAGCAUCCUCCAGGGACUGCAAUGCAGGAAAGUUCUAGGGACAGCAGUGGGAACAGCGCCAGAAUAUCAGCUAGCCAGGAGGGGACUGUUGACCCAGGAGAGCACCCUCAGAGUGGGAAAAGUGACACACAGUCCGUUGAGUCAGCCUAGAGGCCAAGAUGCGGGCACGGCGCUUUGGUACAGUGGAGGAGGCUCGACGGGGUUCACUCUCAGAUCUGAGGAGGAGCGGGAGAGAAUGAGGCAGGAAACUGACGUUCCGAGGUUCUAUCCAGGAAGCACUCAGUGCAGACCACCUGCUUUCAUCCCUUUUCCGUUGUAGGGGAACUUUUGCAAUGUAUGUUAAUCAAAAUGUAUUUCUGUGCUCUACGCUGACGUGUAGAUGUUCGCCAAGAAACUUCCACCUCGACAGCUUCAGGAAUGGCUCCCCCCUUUUGUGAGCUGUGAAUUAAGUUGGACUGGAGUGCUUGCAAGAGGCUGAUGAAGAGCGCGAGGGUGGUGUGGGCAAAGCGGGCAGAAGUGGAACUGGCAUUUCCCUUUCUACGAGAUGGGAUCAUUGUUUCCAAAGUCUGAGUAGUGACCAGCCCUCUCUCCAUCCCCUCUCCCUCUCCCUCUCUCUCUCUCCCUCUUCAUCAUUGGAACUGUCAGGCAAUGACCAAGUUUUGUGCGGCACUGCAGUGAAAUCAAAGACAGAAGCGUUGAUUGUGUCCCAAGGCUGAAGCACGCAUUGCUCACAUGUGCUUUAGGGAAGGGGAGGGCGGGCACUGGGCCUUGCGAGCGCAUUCAUGAAACCCCAGACUCUUGAACUCUGUGAUGGAGUCUUCUUUAUUUUGAUCUUGAUGGACCUUUUGUUAAAAUUUCGUAUACUUUGUUGGCUGCGUGAAGUAAACUAAAACUCCGAUGAACACUUUGGAGUUCACUCGAACAAGGGAGGCCAAAGUGGGAGGGGCUUUAGUGUGCUGAUUAAGGCCCUGGUGUACUUUUCAAUCCUGUGUAAUGUUUAAUUUUUGCAACGGAAUCAAUAACAGUGUUAAAUUAUGGCAAUAUUUGCACUUUGGGAAUGAGUACAUAACUGUAUGAUCACACUCUGCAAAUGCCACUUUUAAAGCUGUUCAUAGAUUUUGCACCUUUUCUUUGACAAGGAUGUGUCAUAUUUAAAUUUUUACAUUCAUCAUGGCUACCGAUAGAACUGGGGAGGGGGGAAUGUAAUUUUUUAUGGGAAUUUUGAUAUGAAAAGAAACUAGUCAUUUAUUUAUACAAUAGGCUUGGCUCAAAAAGUGUUUUUCAGACUUGGUAUUCCUAAUGUGGGAUGUGACUUUAUUUUCUUUUUAGUAGCAAAUUUGGAUGUAGACUGACAGACAUAGCUGAAUGUCUUAAUAAAUUUAAAUUUGAAGAUAA